AGAGAGAGAGAAAUACUAUAAUAUUCUAUAGAUAUACAAAUAUAUUUUGUAUCUAACAUUAAUCACCGAUACUUCUACAACCAGCUCGUCUGUGCUGUCGAGUGUGUGCUAUCACUCUCCUAUACUGAGAAUAUACAUACGUUUCCUACGACAUGCGUGAAAAAAAGAAAAAAAAAUGGAUUCCGAUUUUCCGUUUCAAUGUCCGUACUUUUGAUGUCGACAAUCACGGGUAUAUAUGUGAGCGAUGUCUACCAACUACUCUAGCGGACUAUCUUAGCGACAUACAUUAGCGGACACGUCAUCGCGAUGAGAGACGCGAUGCGUGACGAUGCUUUCGAAACUAUACAAAAGUCGCAUUUUUCAGAAGAACAAAAGAGGUCGGAAGAGCGCCAAGGAAACUUACUACUGACUGUGUAAUUCCUGUGUUAAACGUACUUUGCGAGCCGUGUGAGAAUAUACACAUACGUACACGUAUACACAAAGCACAUGCACAAGCGCGGGGAUCUUUUCGAUAAACUCUUUGUUUUUCUCAUUCGAAAACGCACUCGAACGGACCUCCCGCGUCGUUAGAGAUUUAUAUUUCUGUCUUUGCAAUAAGCUCGAACAAGAACAAAAAAAAAGAUACAAAAGAGAAUAUUUGAAGGUUUAAGUUUAUCGUUCAAGCCGAGGUUCAUUGCGAAUUGCUUCUCGAGCAAUGAGAAGAAAGAGACAAUAGUAAUUUCGUAUUUUCCCGGAAACAAUAUAUAUAAACGCGAAAUAUGUAUGUAUCCGCGUAAAAGCAAAUACGCGCAGAAAACCGCAGGAUACGCGAAUGUAUCAAUUGUUUCUUUUGUACACAUACACACACACACACACACACACACACCAGACGCGCGCGCGCGCGCGCGCGGCAGUUAGUCGUUAGUAACUCUUGGAAGCACAAUUACAAUGUAUAAGACACCAUAGAGAAAUAUGCACCAAGUAAACGCCAAUUAAAGGGAGAUUAGGCCGUAAAACUCAAUGGGAGGUACUCGAAACUCCUCGAAACUGUAAUCGAGUACUAAAAUCUCUCGCGAGGUCGCGUUACACCGAGAAACUGCGUAGACGCGCGAAUAGUGCACGCUCUCUGUAUGACAAAUUACAAUGUCAAUAUAUAAACAAUCGCGAAGAGCCAUAUGAGGAAAGACUCCGGUUAUUGGAGUAGUAUAUGUAUAUGACCGCAUACACGCAUUAUAUACAGAGAAAGGAGCAGAGAAAAUAAAGAACGCAAAGCAACAAGUGUAACGAUCCCGUGUGCUCUUCAACGUACGUAGGCGUGCAUGUUAACCUCGAAGAAUCUUUUCUUUUUUUUUCUUUUUUCAUGAUUCACGGCAAAUCUUUUUCUAUUACGGAGCGACAUCUCUUACCGGUUGAAAGAAGAGAAUUCCAGAGAGAAAUGUUCAGAGAAGCGAUAGAGAAAUUUUGCCCCGUCGCAUGCGCGCAGUGGAACGUUCGUCGCGAGUGCCCAUUUUGCAAAGAGAUAUCGAUUCUCGAAAUUCGAUCGUUGCCGAUCGAGAGUAUCGAUCGCUCGCCCGGUGAGGGGAUCGAUUCCGAUUCGUCGAUCGAGCGUGCAUAAUUUGGCGAUGAGAGCAAGAUCUCGUUUCGGGAAAUUUCGUCCCUUCGCGUUUUUCAACGAGACGCGCGUUUCACUCUCGUCCCGUGUUCGGCCUUUCGUUGGAAUCUUCGCUCUGCUUAUUUCGUUGCUUGAGGAGCAACGCAGUCACCGAGAGGGCGCAUCGAGCGGUACGGCGAUGUAUGCACGAAGCUACGCAAACUCCCGUUUGAGAGCAACGCCGCGCGCGCGCGCGAGCGCGAUUAGCGGGUCCUGGGGGUCCUCGGUCCUCGGUCCUCGAUACUCUCGAUAGUACGGUCUCGGUGGCCGACCGCAGUAGGCGCGCAACAGCAGCUCGCUGGCCGCCGUGCGCGGAGUUGCUGUUACUACGUUUGUAUCGUUACCAACGGCACGGGGGAGUACCCGGAGGCUCGGCUGACCGUGUACACCACAGGCACAGGCAGGUAGACGGCUGGACAGGCGGAGCAGCGGAACGAAAAUGGCCAAUUGUCAGAUUGGCUGGUGCAGCAGGCGAUACCUGCCGCGUCGUACCUCGCCGCUGGACGACGAGCGUUCGUGGUAGGGCGGUCUCUCUUGCUCUCUCUCUCUCUCUCUCCCCCCCCCUCCUCCUCCCUCUCUUUCUCUUUCUCCCGCUCUCCCUUCUUCCAACUCUUGCUCAUUCUUUCUCCCUUUCUCUCCUUCGCUCUCUCUUCUGUCUCUCUGUCUUUCUUCUCGCGGCUGAUCCACGAGAGGCAUGGCUUCUGGUGCAUCCUCCUUGGACAGUGCUGGGAGUAGCGAUGGUGCACUUAACAUGGAGAGGGAUAGCGGAAGCUACGGCAGUGUCGGAAGUCCAGUCGGCGGUCCCGAGUGUCGUAGUGACUAUGACAGUUUACAGGCUCAGUGUGAUCAAGCGAUGCAUCAGCUCCAGCUACUUAGGCAUAAGCACUCCGAUACCAUAAGACGAUGUGAACAUACUAUGAAGGAAUUGGAAUACUAUCGCGGCCAGCACAUAGCAGUCAUGAAUCAACUGGAAGCGGCGUCGCAAGAGAGCUCCGCGUUGCGGGGAAAGUAUGGCGACCUGGCGAAUGACAAGCAACGGCUGGAUCGGGAAGUCCAGACGCUGCAGAAAGAGUUGUCGGAGCUGCGCAUACAGAACCAAGAGGUUCUCGUCUCCGACGCCGCCGGCAACGACAUGAAUCAGCACUAUCCACCCGCGCUGCGAAAGUACGACGCCGUCAAGGACGAGUACGAUUCCCUCAGGAAACGGUACGAUGACUUGAUAGCGUCUCACUCGUCUGCCGUUAGUAAGCUAGAAUUAUCGAAGGAGGAGGCGACUAGGCUCAAGACCGACUACGAGCAGGUGACGCUGGAACGUAACAGCGCGAUACGCGAACGCAACGCGCUCAAGCAACAAUGCACCGCGGCGAUACGCCAAUGGGACAUCGCUCUCAGGGAGAGGAACGAGUAUCGCGAGGCCCUCGCCAAAAUUCAGCAACAGCACGAGGAGGCGGUCAAGGAGAUCAAUCAGGCGAUGGUGCUGCGUAUGAAGGCCAGCAAGGACAUGAAACGACUGACGGAGGAGCGAAACGCCGCGUUGCAGGAGUACAGUCUGAUUAUGGGCGAACGGGACACCGUGCACAAAGAGAUUGAGAAACUCACCGACGACCUGUCGCAGGCUUACGGAAAGAUCACGCAUCUGGAAUCGCAGAACAAGCAGCUCGUGGAGGAGAAGAAAACGUUGUCUUACCAAAUCGAGACGUUGAAGAGGGAGAUCUCGUCCGCCUUGCAGGACAGGGACGAGGCCCUGCAGAUGUGCAAUGAAUUGCGGCAGAAGUUUGGCGACUACUCGGAGGGCUCCAGCAGGGACUACAAGCACCGUCUAGAGCUGCACUCGUUCAGUCGCGAACGCGACAGCGUCAUCAAGGAGGACGCCGAGAGGGAGACCAAUACCCGAGACUACGCCAAGCGGGAUAAGGAGCGCAUGGACAAUCUGGAUCAGGCGAAUCAGGAACUGGACAAACUCAGGAAGGCCGUGGACACGCUGCAGGCCGAGUUGGAGGAGGCGCUUCAGGAGGCCGAGGUGUCGAAACGGCGGCGGGAUUGGGCUUUCAGCGAGCGCGACAAGAUAGUGCUAGAGCGAGAGAGCAUAAGGACUUUGUGCGACAGACUGCGGAAGGAGCGCGAUCGCGCGGUAUCCGAGCUGGCCAGUGCACUGCGCGACUCCGACGACAUCAAGAAACAGCGGAACGAAGCGUCGAAGGAGCUGAAGGACCUGAAGGAGAAGAUCGAGUCGGGCGAUCACGCACUGCGCACCAGUCAACUGGCGCAGAGUCUGACGUGCGGUCACGAUGCGUCCGUAGUCGAGGGCAGCGACUGGGAGAUGGUCUCGAUACACGUGGAGCCCGGCAGGCUCCACUUGGACGCGGAUCGCGAUUUGGGGCUGAUAUUGGUCGGCGGCCGCGACAGUCCGUAUUAUCCGAAUGACAAUGGCGUCUACGUAGCCCAGGUGACGCAGGGUAGCGCCUUCGACGGUAAGCUGAGAGUGAACGAUUGCAUCACGCGAAUAAACAAUGUCGACUGCACGUCCGUGUCGUCGCGCAUCAUCAUGGAGACGUUGCGCUCGUCCGGUACCGUUGGACCGACGACCAUGAUCGUGAGACGCCGUCGAAUCACCAGACGCUCGCUGAGAACCACGCAGCUUUCGGUCGGCUCCGUACCGCACGGUAUCACGCUGGAGCUCGGUAUCUACAUCUCGAAAAUAUCACCCGGCAGCUUGGCGGCCAAGGACGGUAAUCUCGCCGUGGGAGACAGAGUAUUGAAUAUCAACAGCAAGCCGAUGGACACUGUGACUUCGGUGCACGAAGCGAUGAUCAUUUUGAACGACACCACGAUAGACGUAUUGACAAUCACGACGCUGAAAGGUAUCCCCGUGCCGUCCGCCGCCAGCUCAGAGACCAUGACGACGAUCGACGGUUUCUCCGCGGAGAAGCAAAAGAUGGUCAACAGCUGUUCGCAGACCGAGCAAGAGCGAAUGAUGCUGAAGGCCUCGUCGGACGACUACGAGAGGCGCUACCUCUCGACCAACUUUGGCGAGCGGAACGUCGCGUACAAGGCCGCCAAGUCGGUGAGCGGCGAAAAGUCGAGCGGCAUCAGCAACGCCUGGGACAACUUCCGGGAGAAGAUCGACAUAGUGAGAGGCCGCAAACACGGCAGCAAGGAGCGCGACGACAAGAAGAAGAGCCACCGCAACUCUAGUCCGAACACUUACGAGCAGGAGCAGGAUGCGAUAGCGGAGCUGGACUCGGUAAUAGACAGCUACCACAAGAAGGCGAACAACGGCGUGCUGAAGCGCAGCAAGCGGCGCGGCGCUGAGAAGGACGAGAAGAACGGCGGCACGUGGCCGAAGGCGCGCGGCGGCCCGCUGAUACAAAAUGGGACCGGUACUAUACUACACCCGAGAAAGACGAAAGAACGAUUCCCCUUGAGCGUAAUCCUGCCGAAAUACGAUAGCCAUAAUUACAAUCGCAUCUCCAACCCCACACCCCUGACCAGUUUUUCCAAUGUGAGUAACCGGCAUACCGUUUACAAAGCAGUGGAGACGCCAUUGCCCAGCUUCACCAAGUCCGGCCAGCUCUACAGCCAGCGCUCCUUCACACCCGCGGCGGCGGUGCAGUUCAAGGACAUCCCGAUCGACAAGAAGCCACCGUCCUCGGUGGAGUUUGUCGAGAGCGCGGCGGCGGAGACGCGACUCGGCUCCGUCCUGGCGCCGUCCGAGACGAGUAUCGACUUCUCGUUGAAGUCGGGCGGCGCCACGCGCGCCGAUCUCGACUACUUCGCCGCGAGCAAACGCCCGCAGAAGUACACGGUAGCGGUCGCCGCCGUCGCCAGUAGCGGCAGCGAGACGCAUACGCCGGAGACCGCGCUGCAGCAACACAAUCGCGCGCACUCGCAGCUCUACUCGGUCAUCGGCGGCUCGUCGUCCGCGUCUUCCGCGACCGGCAGCGGCGGCGUCGGCGUCGGCGGACCGACGCGCCAACAGAUAGCAGCGGCAGCCGCCGCCGGUAACUUUCCGUUUCCACAUUCGUACGUGCCGUCGCACUCGCAUCCCCAUCACUCGCAUCACCCGCAGCCCAACUCUCUGUCCUCGCGCUACCCCUCGCCGCCGUCACUGCCAUCCGCGCAGUCCGGCGAGUCGAUCGGCCUGCCCGACGCACGUUCUUACUGUUUCGAGCCCCCGUACAGCCCCGCGCCACAGACCACCGCCACAGUAUACGCCGGCCACAUGCACACCCCCUCCGUAGACCUGCACUAUCACCACAAGACGCGCGCCUUGCCGCUCGGCAUACCGUGCGACGUGCCGUCCGCCUACUCGCAUGGUUACGAGGGCGGCACGUUGCCGGGCAGCAGGAAGGAGGAUCAGCGUAUACGCAUACCGUCCAACACCAGCGUCACGUCCAAGAGCAGCGUCGGCAAGUUGUCCACCGGUAGCAUCGAACGUACCUCCGAGAGAGGCAGUCCCAUGCCAACCUUCCACGUGGAGGUGCUCAGCCCGGGCACCGGAGGGGGAGGAGGCAGCAGUACCGGCAGCAGCACCGGCGGCGGCAGCAGCGGCGGCACGGUCAGAGGUAGCGGCGGCACCAAGCGCGCCAGCAUGCCGGAUUACUGUUACUCGCAACCGAGACCGGCGCCCGGUGAACUGCGACGUGUCCACAUCGACAAGUCCGUGGAGCCGUUGGGCAUUCAGAUCUCGUGUCUCGAGAGUGGUGGUGUCUUUGUCUCCACCGUGUACGAGCAUAGCCUGGCCUCGCAGGUAGGCCUGCAGAUCGGCGAUCAGCUGCUCGAGGUGUGCGGCAUCAAUAUGAGGAGCGCGACUUACCAGUUGGCUGCCAACGUGUUGCGUCAAUGCGGUAAUUCGAUCACCAUGCUGGUGCAAUACAGCCCGGAUAAAUACACCGAGCUGGAAGGCUCGGCGUCGUCGAGCUCGUCGGAAGCCGGCGACGGGGAAGCCGGCACCGGUAGCCACAGCGGCUCGCCGACUCCGUGCAACAGUCCGGAGGCGCCUCGAAAGGGCGCAGUCGAGACGCUGGAGCCGGUCGAGCCGGAGCGCGACGCCACCACCACCACUACCAUUACCAUCACUACCACCACCAGUGCCGCCGCGCCCACCAUCACCAGCACCAGCACCACGAUGAGCUCGUUGCGCGUCGAGCGGGACAUGCGACCGUCCGCAUCGCUGGAUGUGAGGAGCACGCAGGAACGGGAGCGCGAGAUGCGGCCGUCCGCGUCACUGGACAUCAACAUCCGCAAGCCGGAGUUGCGCAGCGCGGCCACGCUGGAUCGACUGAGCCGCGCGCAGAUGCUACGGCAAAACGCGAUGAGGAGUCCGACGCAGGAGGAACAGAACAGGAAACCGCCGCCGAGCGGAGAGCCGCGUUAUCUGCUGAUCGAGACUAGGAAGUGCUCGAACCUCGGCAUCUCACUGGUGGGCGGAAACGGGGUCGGUAUCUUCGUGCAUUCCGUUCAACCGGGCUGUCUCGCGGAGGAGGCCGGCUUGUUUGCCGGCGACAGGAUCUUGGAAUACAACGGUGUGGACCUGAGACAAGCGACCGCCGAGCAAGCAGCUCUCGAACUGGCACGACCGGCGGACAAGGUGACACUGGUCGCCCAGUACAUGCCCGAGCGGUACAACGAGGUGAAGGACAAACCGGGCGAUAGUUUCUACGUGAAGGCGUUGUUCGACCGGGUCGGCGAAGUGGGCGACAGCCUGCAACUGCGCUUCAACAAGGACGACAUACUGUACGUGGACAACACCAUGUUCAAUGGCACACCGGGCCACUGGCGAGCUUGGAUCGUCGAUCAGACUGGCCGUAGGCAAACUUGCGGAAUCAUUCCCAGCAAAUUCAAAGUUGAGGAGGAGCUACUUCUACGGCGGUCCUUGGGCGAUUUGGAGCAAGAUGCUGGCAAGCGUAGCAACACCAGCGCGAGGAGAAGUUUCUUCCGCCGGAAGAAGCAGCAGCAACGAUCGUCCAGCAGCAGAGACAGCAAGGAACUGUCGCAUCUUACGGGAGUCAAUUUGGGAUGGUACAGCGAUAGCGGGACACUGAACGAGGACACUCUACCUGCGAGUUAUCAGCGAGUCGAGAGGCUCGACUAUCCUACCCUGAGACCUGUGCUGAUUCUCGGGCCGCUGAGCGAAUGCGUGGUGACAAAACUCCUGCAGGAAUAUUCGAGUCAAUUCACCAGAUGCCUGGCGGAAGCAAUGCACUGUUCACAAGCGACCUUGGAGCAAGGUCUACGUGACUCGCUCUACGUGGAUUAUAGGAAGAAGGGCAGCUAUUUUGAGUGUACAACGGUGCAGGCAGUCAAAGAUAUAUGUGAAAAAAAUACGCACUGCAUCUUGGACGUGUCAAUCGCUUCCAUCGACAGGCUGCACAGACACCAAAUUUACCCUAUCGUCCUGUUAAUCAAGUUCAAGGAUAGAGCGCAAAUCAAGGAGGUGAAGGAUUCGCGAUACCCGAGCGACAAAAUCAGUACAAAGGCGGCGAAAGAGAUGUACGAGCAGGCGCUCAAGAUGGAAGCGGAGUACAAGCAUUACAUUUCCGCUGUGAUCCCGGCGGGCGUGAGUGUGGCGUACAUAUGCACGCAGGUGAAAGCCUCUGUAGACGAUGAGCAGAGCAAAGCUCUGUGGGUGCCUAGAGGGGGUCCCUGACACAAAAGGGGGGGCCCCCACAAGCCGCAGUGGAAGUCAAUCUAAUUCCACCAGGGGGCCCUUACGUCGUGCGUAUGCGCAAAAUUGCAGUCGGUUCUCACGUUGUUAUUUAUGGUCUCUUGAUCUUUCGAAGGAGGAUGUGACGCUGCCUGCGGAUCCUUCGCUCGACGAAUUGCCGCUACCGAUCGUGCUGUUCACUCAGUUUGGUUGUGAUAACGAUUCUCGCAACGGUAAUCCAUCUCACUUUAGCGCAUUUAGCUCGUUAAAAUCUCGCAGUGCAAAACAGGUAAAUAAUUUGGUUGCCAUCGCGUUUCUCUCGGUCGCCGUUGAACGAAAGCUGCACUUUUAUUUUUCGUCUAUCCUUUUUUAGCUAUCAGAAUUCUUGCAUGUGUGCGUGUGUGUGUGUGUGUGUGUGUGUGUGCGUGCGCAUGUAUGCGCGCGCACGCGUGUAUGUGUGUAAAGCUCACAUCUGUGAUUGUGCUAAAUUUAUAAUAGAAAUCAUGUAAACAUGUGUACGCGAGAUCGAUAUAUUAUUUCUCUCGAUGCAAUUUCUUAAAGUCGAUUUUCUCGAGAAAGUUUUUAUUUUAUUUUGCAUUUUACUCGUUCAAUCAAGUGUUGAGUGACUUACGAAUUUUUGUUUCUUGCGUUUUUCUUGUUUUCUUUAUCCGAGUACUCGUUGACACGUUGGCUAAAAAUAAAUUGUUGAAUAAACGAUACGCGCUCGAUAGUCAGUGAUUCGCUUCGAUCUUUGAUUGCGUAUAAAUCAAGCAAUGCAACGGAAAAUGCAGCUAUAAGAAUCGCGAAAACUAAUGAUCCGUACGAGACCACAAGAAGAUCAGCAUGCCAGAUCGUGCGAAAACACAUCCGUCGUAUUACGGCCCGUUCGAAAAAAAAAAAAAUAAGAGAAAAA